ACAGUUGGUGACGAGUGUUGUGAAGAUGGCCUCGACCCAGCCCGCCCCAGAGUCCGUUCGGCCGAGAUGACGGCGCGGAGCUGCUCAAAGUCGGCCCAACACCAAAGUGUCUUCUUCAAACACUUCAGUACAAGUGAAGUGAACGAAAAGAGGGAAGUCUCGGACAGCAGGACGGGCUUGAACCCCUCCACCGACCACCACUACAGACUCCGUCGGGCGGAGCAGCCAGCAUGGAGGACAUCAACUCCAACAUCAACGCAGACCUGGAGGUAAGGAAGCUGCAGGACCUGGUGAAGAAGCUCGAGCAGCAGAACGAGCAGCUGCGGAGUCGCUCCACCAUGCUGUCAGGGAACCACAGACCCCACAGCGCCGGCUACGAGCCGCCCGGGGCGGGGCUGGGGGACUACACCGGGGACUACACCGGGGACUACGCCGGGGACUAUACCGGGGACCACGGCCGGCUGCCGGAGAACCACCGCCGCUGCAGCCCCCGCCGCUCCUACGACGGCAGCAGCUUCAGGAGGGCGUACGAGGGCGAGGGGGCGUCCGCUCCCUCCGCCCUGGCCCUGGCCACUAUGAACUCCCGGUACUCGGACGGAGACACCUCGGUGCUGGAUGAAGUGGACAUCCUAGACCUGGAGGACAUGGACUGUCUGAACGAGGACGAGGACAGCUGGUUAUACGAGGCAAAACCGAACAGUCCCUUCCAAAAAGCCUUAAGUCCUAUUGUGUGGUGCCGCCAAACUCUGGACAACCCCAGUCCUGAGAUGGAGUCAGCCAAGCGCUCCCUCAUCCACAGACUGGACCUCACCAUGUCAGCCAACAAGCGCAGGAGCCUUUAUGGAAGUCCCUACUUCCAGCAGAGCUGUGGAAGCCCAUACAGCACAAAUGCAGCUAACAGCCCUUACAACAGCGGCUUCAGCUCCCCCUCCUCAACGCCCAGCAGGGUGCCCAUUGUCCGGCAGCAGCUGAUGCCCGGUAACUCAGUACAUCAGCGAAAUUCUGCAUCGGAGAGGAAUCCUCCGGCGAUUAGUCCUCAGUCGUCGAUAGACAGUGAGCUGAGCACAUCCGAGAUGGAUGAAGACUCGGUGGGCUCCUCAACUACCUACAAACUCAAUGAUGUCACCGAUGUCCAGAUACUGGCACGCAUGCAAGAAGAGAGUUUGCGUCAGGAUUACGCAGCGACGGCGUCUAGACGGAGCUCGGGUUCGUCCUGCCACUCCCUGCGGCGCAGCACCUUCAGCGACCAGGAGCUGGAUGCUCACAGCCUGGAGGACGAGGAAGAGGCGGUGCACCUGUCCUUCCCCCUGCCCUCCAACCGCUUUAGCCCCUCCCCUCGCCAUUCUCCCCGGCCCUCUCCCAGGAACUCCCCCCGCUCCCGCUCCCCCGCUCGCUCCAUCGACUACAGCCACAGUCGCGGCUCCCCACAGCCCAUCAUCAGCCGCCUGCAGCAGCCUCGCCACUCGCUGCAGGGCCACGGCCACGACCUGCAGACCAACGUGGUGAAGAACGAAGAAAAGCUGCGUCGUAGUCUUCCCAACCUCACGCGCUCCUCGGCGACGGCAGCAGCUCAGGCACAAGAACCUGUAAAGAACAGCCGCAGCUGCGAGUCGAACCUGCAAGUGCCAAACGGUGGCUCCCCCCGACACCAGAACCAGUCUGCAACUCAGCUCCUGAGAUACUCCACUCCUUCUCGUUCGUCCCCGAAACCCAAACAGCUCCUCAAAACCCCAACUGCCCUUCGAGUCCCACUCUCCUGUUGCUUUGGAGAAGAAGGUGAUUUCAUCCCUUCUCCUAGUAAGCUGCGAAGUCCUGCCACCCCAUCCCCGCUGGCUUUGCGGCAGCCGGUAAAGGCGACCUCCACCCCUAACUCUGCCACCUCCACCCCCACCCGCUCCCUGGCUACCCCGCGCAGCGGCCUGCCCCGACCCAGCGCUUCCACGGGAGGAGGAGGCAUCCCGCUGCCCCGCAGCAAACUGGUCCAACCUGUGCGCAGAUCUCUACCUGCUCCUCGGUCCUAUAGCGGCACAGGGGAAAACUGGAGAGAAGGCUGCUACUGAGUCCACCCAGCAGGGGGCUCUCCAGUCACACUAAGGAGGCAAAUCAUACAAUAUGGCACUUUAUGUACCUUGAUAACUAUAAUAGCAGAGAGAGAGAGAGACAUUAAUUCCCGAAACAUUUACAAUCAAGAAUUGACACAAAAAAAAAAUUAAAAGAAGAGGAUAUCAUCCACAUUGUGUCACAGAAGGCCUCCCAUCGUGCUACUCUGUGUGGAUUAGUUCUGGUGAAUUCAGGCAUGACGACCCAGAAAAACUCAGAAAAUGCCAAAGAAACCAGCCCGACUCCAGCUACACCUACAGAGGAAACAUCACUUGCCUUGGUUUGACUGCAGCAUCCACGGGACAGUCUGCAUCCCUACAUGCCCACUCUUCCUCCCUGCUCCUCCUCCUGCUCUUCUUUUCACCUCCUCAGGUUGAAAUGUUUCCACGCAUUUCUGUCGUUGCGCUCUGUGUUGACGGACGGUGGUGAUGGAUCUCUAUGCUGUGCAGGUGACCCGACAUGUUAGAUAAUUGUUGAUGUCUUGCAGCAGUGAAAGCACCUCUUUGUGGAGAUAACUCGUAGGAAUUUGUUCCUCCUUUCAAAUCAGCCAGAAUGUAUGCAUAAGUUUUGUUUUUGGAAAAAAUUAUUUAUUCAAAUUAUUUAAAAGGCUUAUGUCUAAACAUCCAUAUCAGUAUUUUGUUUGAAAAUUUCAGUUGUUUAAAAUGUAAACUUUUGAACCUCAACUGCAAGCUAACUCUCCAAAGCCUUCCUUUUAGUUUUCAAAGUGUCAAAUGAGGAUUGGCGAGAAACCUUAGUGACAGACGACGCCUCAGCCAAAGCCUCAGUUCGCCAAGAUCACAGUACUAUGAUGUUCUCAAAGUGGUCAGUUCAAAAGACGGUUGGUGUUAGAUUCGAGUUAUAUUGUCAUCGGACACUGACUGCAUUUAUUGAAGAAAAACAAGUUGUCUCUGUCAUUUAUCCAGCCACUGGAGACAAGAAGACUUCAAUGUGGUUCAGAUUUUUCAGUGUGUAUUCAUGCCAUGAAAAAAAAAAAAGGAAAAGGUUUUAAAAUUGUCUUGGAAAAACUGAAUUAAGUUGAAUAAGAUUUGACUGGCUUUCACUUGUGCUUUGAGCAUGAAUCAAAAGGCAUGCCAGUGUUAGGAGAGAUGUUCUGGUAAUCGGUGUGGUGGGAGUCUUCAACUAGUGCCUAUAAUUUAAAGUUUCACUUGAGUUUGAGCGUAUUUUUCUUCUGUUUGUCUGUUUAUCAUUUUGUGCCAAUUUGGGGCUUUACCGAUGUUGCUUUUAACUUUGCAUCUGUGCUUGGUCUGCGAUGGGCUGGCGAGGGCGUCUCCCUCGGUCGUUCCGGGUGAGCGCUUGGACCGGCCCCGGACGGGAUGAAGCAGUCCACAAAACAGAUGGAUGGAUGAUCUAUGCUUGACUGAUUUGCUUGGCUGUUUGUUUUUGUAACUGAACAAAACAUUUAUAUUGCUUUAAAAAUGUUUAUUGUGCGCCUUUGUAUUUAUGACAAAUUAGUCAUUCUGUAAAUGAAACUAUUUAUUAAAGAGAGGUGCCUCUGUCAAAUCUUAGAUUCAGUGGGAAGUCAGGAUGAAUGUUGCAGAAAAAACAAAAAUGGACAUAUUCCACACAUUUGGUGUGCAUGUUUUUAUUAUUGAACUUUUUUUUAAAUCCACCCUGACAUUUGGUUUCCCUGUGUAAAAUCACAAUUUAAAUAAAAACUAAAAGUUG